UGAGAUCACGGGACUAUAUUUCUCUCGCGAUAUUUGGACGGGCUUCCUGACAGAUGAAAACAUGGCAGCCGAACACGGACGGAAAUGGGACCGCUGUCUUGCUGAUACAGCCGUCAAAACAGUAACUGGUCUUGCUGUGGGCGUUGUGUUCUCCGUCCUUCUCUUUAAACGUCGCACAUGGCCUGUCUCACUUGGCUCAGGUUUGGGACUGGGAAUGGGAUACGCCAACUGCCAGCAUGACUUUAGGUCACCAUACCUGGUUCAUGGCAACAUGGUUAAGGACCAGUAAUAAAGGACUAAAGAUGAGCAGGAUUCGCCAUGAAGUUGUUCAUCCGUGUUUGUGUUGCUGCUCAUUUCUGUCCUGGCUCUAAUGUCCAAUGAGUCCCACAUUGUGUUUGUCAAAUGCCAGUCAAUGUAUAUUUAAUAAAGAGAUUAUGGAAAACUUCA